UAAUCCCAUUUCUUUUUGUGCGUACGAGUCACCGCGUGAUUGUAACUCCAUUCGUCGAAGAGUAUUACGUGGGUAUACACACGAUGAAUAUCAAUAAGGACUCUAAGGUCGUUCAUACUUAUUGAAAAAGGGCGGAGAACGGUCGUAAGCAAGUCAGAACACUUUUAGAGAUGGCCAGGAACAUCCUUUGUGCGGUACUGUUGUGUUUUAUGUCGCUAGUGGCGUGGGCAGACGAUCGCGUGCUUCUCACCGAGGAAGACGAACGACGAUGGAACACACCACCUGAACUCAUACCAGAGCAAGUCAUGAAGACGCCUGAUGCGAAGAACGGACGAUCCUUGUCUAUUCCCAUCACGACGAAUAUUAACGUUAAUACAGGAAACAAUGCACACUCUUUGAGCUUCCAAGUAAGUCCGGAGGGCGCCAGCUACUUCGAGAGCAGCAACUUCGGUCGUCCAUUGUCUCAGGCGAGUGGGGCCAAUUCGUACAGCCAAUCAGUGUCCUUCUCUGCGGGAUUAACGGGAAUUUCUGGCGCUGUCAGUCAACAUUAUCCUAUAUAUGGUAAUCAAGGGAACGUCAACAGACCGGGGCUUGGUUUCGGUGGUAUAGUGGCUUCUGUGUCGGGAAGUAUCCAAAACAUACAUGCAGGUUCUACUGCUUCGUCUACUGUCGCUUCUAUUCAUUCUUCUGCUUCGUCAAAUGUAGCCACGAUUGGUUUAUCUCAAGGAACGACUGUCCGAUUUCCAGGACAAAGUCAAAGUCGACCAGUCUGGACUAAUAUUCGUCCUAACCACAAUAAUAACGGUCAUCCUUCCCGUAUGCCAAAAUUAGACAUCGAAGUGAAACCACAUGACGAACAAAACCGUGGACCAAUUAAAUUACACAUUUCAACGAAUGGAGCAAGAAAGUGUAAUAAUCAGCCAAAAAUUCAUAUUCAUAAAUGGCAACCAACAUACGGAGGAUACGACGAUGAUGAACAAAGAUGA